AUGGAGGAGCAUCCUGAACACUGGAGAAACACCCUGAUGGGCUGGGACUUUUGGCAGGAUGCGAAGCAGUACGAGGACAAAAUCAGCCAAGAGCUGGAUAUCGCACUGGAUCUCGACCUGCCCAAACGCUUCCCAUUCAAUCUGGUCCCCGAGGAGACUCCCACCAAGAGACAGCGUCGUCUAAGUAUGUCUGAUGCAAGCAAGACUGGCCUCCAGCGUCACUCGUCCCUGUCCACGGGGGUAUCUCGAUUCAGGGCCCACGAGCGCCGUACACGAUCACCCUCCCCUCGCAAGGUAAUGACAUCCUCCCUGAACCAUUUUACAUCUCGCGGCUCGGCUCCCAUGACGCUGUCUGCGCUUCGAUCUGGACGGUCCUCGCCGUUCAAACAACCAGACCUGCCUCCGGGAGUUAUCGUGAAGACGCGAGAAGUGUCCCCUUCAUCGGCUCCUCCCAUUUCUCGACAACCUACACCCACAGCGGAUGACUUUGCAACUGCAGAGAGCCCAUUCAUCGGCUUCCGUGGUGGAUUAACCUGGUCUGAUCUCCCUCGGACAAAGAAGACCCUAGGUUUGGACCUAUUCGGGCCAUCCGGGGAGGAAACAAACGGGCCGAGUCGCCUGAAUAUUAUUGAACUGGAGCCACUGUGUCAGUUUCGUUGCCUGCGAUCGCUGAGAAUCACCGGCAUGCUGCAGUCUUAUCAAGCAUUCAUCUGGCAGGCUGCCUGGUUGAACCUUGACCUCGAAGAGCUGUCCCUGGAAAUGGGGUUGGAACCGGAGAUUGACAGCACAGUCCACCGAGCACAGUGGAAAGCCAUCGAAGACGGAUGGGAAAUGGACAAGAAACACUAUGCCGAGCCGGUGUACCAUGGAAACCUCGGUGACGGGGCGCUACACCCCGAUAUUGGCUGUGGUGAAUACCUUGACAAGCACAGCAUCGAAAAGGCCAAGAUCCUGGCCAUGGCUAGAGGUCGGACAUCUCAACGCAUGAGUGUGAAGCAUCUGACUCUGUCCGGCUUUGUCGUGGACGCAGGCCCGUUUCUACAUUGGUUCGAUCCACAGAGGCUACAAAGCAUCAAGUUUAAAGGCCAGUGUCUUGACGCCGGGUUCUGGCUGCCACAGUCGAUGGAGCAUGUUAUCGUGCGGUACCCGAGGAGGAUCGAGUUGGAGCCUGUUGCGGUCAAGAUGGUCUCUGGCGAUCCGCAGAAAGAGUUGAAGGUAGUAGAUAUCUAG